AUGGGAAAGAAACAAACAGCAAGAGAUCAGCUCGACGACGUUUUUGAAAUUGAACAAGGACAAGUGUAUGCUCGUUCAUUGGGCCCAAGAGGAAACCAUCAGCAUGAGGUUGAAUUCAUAGAUGGAGAAAAGAAACUAGUGACAUUACCUCCUCGUUUUAGAAAUGUGGUAUGGCUGAAAAGAGGACACUAUGUCAUUGUGGAUCCCACUGUUGGCAUCUCUGAGAAGGUGGGCGGUGAAAUUGUGCAAGUCUUGUUUCCCAAAAACAUCAAAGACUUGAAAGCGGCAGGAAAAUGGCCAGAGGAAUUUUCUGAUUCCAAAUCAGAGCCAUUGCAACAACAGCAACAACAGCCGGCCUCAACAAAGAAGGACAUGGACCAAGAUCAAGAUGAGGAUGAGGACGAUCAAGAUGAUUUAUUUGUAAACAAUAAUAGACCCGUCAUGUCAGAUACUGACUCUUCCUCGGACGAAGAAGAAGAUUAA